UUGUAUGGAAACAACGGCAAACGUAUAUUUUUUUAUUUGAUAACGAGCUUAAACAUUGACCCCUCGCGUACGUAGUGAACGAAAAGGCCAACCUUAUCUGACUUGCUAAUGUAAUGUUUCUGAGUCAAUACAACACGAUAAUUUACAACAGCGAGCACAAUAUUCAGUUUUACUAUGGCGCUUAAAAGUGGAGUUAGUUUUAUACGUUUGAAAAGACUUUUCCAUGGAAUAAGAUUACUUUCGACACAUACCAGACCAGAAAUAUCACAAAAUGGCAGCAAAACCGCAGCUUUUCCGGGUGCUACAGCUCCUUACGUGACCGAAAUGAAGAUUCUAAAUGAACACAGUUACGACCCUAUUCCAAUAUAUAGAGUGCUAGAUAACUGUGGAGAAGUCAUAGAUAAAACAGAAGAACCGAAUAUAGAUAAUGAGACACUUCUCAAUAUGUACAAAACCAUGGUGCAGCUUAACCAACUGGAUAAGAUUCUAUAUGAAUCUCAAAGACAAGGUAGAAUAUCCUUCUAUAUGACAAAUUAUGGGGAGGAAGGGAUCCACGUUGGCAGUGCAGCAGCCCUUUACCCUCGAGAUAUGGUAUUCGCUCAAUACAGAGAGGUUGGAGUGUUCUUGUACAGGGGUAUGACAGUUACCGAGAUUAUUAACCAGUGCUAUGGAAACCAUGAGGACCCUGGCAAAGGAAGACAGAUGCCAGUACAUUAUGGUAGCAAGCAGAGAAACAUUGUUACUCUAUCCAGUCCGUUGGCAACACAAAUGCCGCAAGCAGUAGGCGCAGCGUACGCGUUCAAACGUGUACCGAAUAACGACCGCUGCGUCAUCUGCUACUUCGGGGAUGGCGCUGCUUCCGAAGGAGACGCUCAUGCUGCUUUCAACUUUGCCUCUACGCUGGAAUGCCCCGUUAUACUCUUCUGUAGAAACAACGGCUAUGCUAUCUCGACGCCCACGAGUGAACAGUAUCGUGGGGAUGGGAUUGCAGCUCGUGGCCCAGCGCUGGGACUACACACAAUACGAGUUGACGGAACCGACGCUCUUGCUGUUUACAAGGCAGUUGAAAAGGCAAGGGCACUAGCGAUACAGAAUAAACCCGUACUCAUCGAGGCUAUGUCAUACAGGGUGGGACACCACUCAACGUCAGACGAUAGCAGUGCUUACAGGCCAGUGGAGGAAAUACACAAAUGGACUCAAGAGGAGAACCCUGUUCAGAAACUACGACUGUAUCUUGAAGGAAAAGGCUUAUGGAACACGGAUUCUGAUAAAAAGUUCGCAAAAGAAGCACGUGAUUUAGUCUUGAGAACGAUGCAAGAAGCAGAGAAGAAAAAGAAACCGCACUGGAAGGAGAUGCUUGAAGAUGUUUACUAUGAUAUGCCUCCUAAUUUACAAAAACAAAUGAAUGAAAUGGAGAAACAUCUGAAGAAGUAUAAAGAACAUUAUCCUAUGGAUCAAUAUCAAAGCGAAUAAUAAAAGAAAAUUUAGAAUAAAUUUGCUAUUCAUAUUUAAUUUAAUAAAGUUUGUUAACAAUAUUGUUUUCAAUA